UGCGUUUGCGCGGGAAAGUGUUGCAAAGAUCGGGCGGGGGGAGUUCCAGUGGUGUCUCCGGGUUCCAGCGCAGAGAGCGGUGGGCAGCGAUGGACCCCUUGGAAGUGGAGUUUCUUGCGGAGAAGCAGACUGUCACCAUCAUACCCAAUUUUAGCCUGGAUAAAAUCUAUUUAAUCACCGGGGAUUUGGGACCUUUCAAUCCAGGGCUUCCUGUCGACGUGCCAGUGUGGCUUGCUAUUAAUCUAAAGCAGAGACAAAAAUGCAGAAUCAUACCACCAGACUGGAUGGAUGUGGAAAAACUGGAGCAAAUCAGGGAACAAGAGCGUAAAGAAGAAACUUUCACCCCAAUGCCCAGCCCUCACUACAUGGAACUGACGAAGCUACUGUUGAAUCACGCCUCGGACAACAUUCCCAAAGCCGAUGAAAUCAGGACCUUAAUCAAGGAUACUUGGGAUACCCGGAUUGCAAAGCUCCGGUUGUCUGCGGAUAACUUUGUGAAUCAGCAGGAGGCACACGCUAAGCUGGACAACCUCACUCUAAUGGAGAUUAACACAAUUGGGACUUUCCUCACAGAAUCACUGAAUCAAAUGCACAGACUCUGUACCAACCUGCAGCCCGGGGAGAGGGCUCAGUCACAGGACUAUUAAGGUGCCUUCAUUUCAGGAGGUGCUUUACAGUGAAGGUUUGGAGAGUGGGGAGGUGGGCAGAGGAAACACAUAGGCAAUUGCUUCUUCUGCUUAAAGAUGAGCACCGAAUCAGCUACUCACCACAGUGUCGUCUGACUCCAUCAGCAUUUCCCCCUUAUGCUUUGUUAACCUUCCCUUAAAUAUUAUUUGCGUCAAUUGCUCCUUGUGGCUGUGUGUUCCACUCUGUGCGUAAAGAAUUCCGGAAUUCCCUGUUGGAUUUAUCGACCAUCACGUGUCGAUGUCCUGUAGUUCACUUCUCCCCUUUUCAUCUUUUGCUGUCAAGCCCCCAAAUGAUCUCCAUUAGGUGCCCUUUCGGUAUUAACUUUUCUGUGAAGACCUUUAAGUUAAUUAUUCAGAUUUCCGUCUCCUGCAGGGAGCUAGCCUGUUGCUUAAGAAUCAAAAGUAAGUGCUCUUUUGGUAAAGUACCUUUCAUCUGGUGGUAGGGCCAGGUCUCUUGUAGCUGCUGCUAGUGGUGUCCGGCUCUGUGACCUGGGACUUUAUGAAGGACCCCUGAUCCUUGAACCAUUUGUAAAUGGGAGCAACUUCCCUCCAUUUAAGCUACAGGAUUCUUGUCCACAUCUACCGAAUCUCCUCUCAACGGUCUGCUCCGAGGAGAAUAGCCACCACUUUUCCAUUCAAACCUUUGAGAGUUGAAUUCCCUCAUCCCCAGAACCAGCGCAGUAAAUCUUUACUUAACCUGAUGUAGGACCUCUGCCUCCUGCGAUGACCAGGACUGACAGCAAUACUCCAGUAGUGGCCUAACCUGUGUUGUGUAUAGGUUCGGGAUAACUUCCAUUCUUUUGCGCUGUAUACCUUCAUUGAUAGUAUUGCUGUCAGUCCUGGUCAUCGCAGGAGGCGGAGGUCCUACGUCAGGUUAAGUAAAGAUUUACUUAAGCCCAGAAUCCCACAUGCAUUAGAACCAUUCUCUCAAUAAGUCCCUCCACCUUUCUGCACAGAUGUGCGUAGGUCCUUCUGUUCCUACUUGUCAUGGUUCAGUGGCGCCUCCCCAUCAUCAUCCAUCUACCAGCCUGGACCUGACUCAGAGAUACAAGGACUGUACAGUGUAGCAGCUCAUAGAGCUGCUGCCUCAUAGCUCCAGUGACUCAGGUUCAAUCUUGACCUGGGGUGCUGUUUGUGAUCAGUGUAGGAUUAGUGUAAAUGGGUGCUUGAUGGUCAGCAUGGACUCGGUGGGCUGAAGGGCCAGCUACAGUGCUGUGUGACGAGGUCUGUGUCGACACCUUCAGGUGUUGAAGAAAGGAAACUGGAAGCUUUACCUGGGGUUGGUGCAGUGAAAGUUAACUUGCAAACCCAAGGGACUUGUCUCGGGCUGCUGGCAACCCAAGACGAUUCCAGUAUCUAUCAUUAAUAGGGAUGGUACACUGAUGCAGCUAGUAGAGCCGGUGCCUCAUGGUACCAGAGACCGGGCUCGGGGUGCAGUCUGUGUAGAGUUUGCACGUUCUCUCUAUGACUGCAUGGAUUCUCUACAGAUGCUCCUGGUUUCCUUCCACAUCCCAAAGAAAUGUGGGUUGGCAGGUUAAUUGGCUGUAGGAGAGUGUUGGAAUCUGGGGUGAGUUGUUGAGAAUGAGGGAAGAAGAAUCCCACAUUAUCCCCAUUUUCCUUUGAUAUAAUUGAUUGCUUGAUAGUUGGCACAGACUCGAUGGGCCGAAGGCCUGCUUCUAUGCUGUAUGACUCUGACUCUAUAACAUUUGCACAUUGCUGCUCUUGCAGUCUUGCUAUGUUUGAGUCUCAACACUUUUAUUAUGGAUCAGAUCCAGAAGGGCAUUUAUUGCUAACCCUUCAACACCAUUGUAAAUAAUACUGGGAAGCCUGGUCCAAUAAAGUGGUCCAUUGUUUAUUGUUCUCCUUCAAUACCGUGCUUUAUUGUACAGUAGAGGUAGAAAAUGAGCUGGUGCAUUAGUUGGGAAUCCACCCUGAGAUUUGUUCCCAAUUCUGCUGUGGGAAUACAGACUGCAAUAGGUAUUAACCUAUUUUUAAAUGAAUAUAUUUCUUCUAUAAUUCCAAGAUUAAUCUGGUUAUAAAUGCACCCUUUUUCCAUUUCCAAUAUAGAAAGCUCUGUUUCCUGACUACUGGUGGUGGGGAGGGGGUUCUGAAUAUAAAAACUGGAAAUAUUCAGCAGGCCAGUCAGUAUCUGUGGUGGGAGUAAAUCGGAGUUGGUUGACCUUUUUUCAGAAGUUUCUGAUCCUGAUUUCCCUCCGCUGGAAUGGUGAAAGAGGGCUACAAAGAAUCACUCUGGCUAUGAAGUGGGAAGACAAGCCAGUGACGGUUUCCAGUCUUUCAUUUUUUUUUACUUACAUUGCAUCAGGGAUUAAGCCUCUAAAAUAAUUCAUUGGCUGCAAAGUGCUUUGAGACGUUCUAAGGAUGUGAAAGACUUUGUGUGUGAAAUCUUCCUGUUUGCACUUCCUAGUGUUAAACAUUAAACAUUUUAGUGGUUUUCAAAUUCUCCUCUGGAUUUUAUGUGUCUUCUUACAUAAAAUUUUGAUUAAGUCUUUUAAACUUGUAAUCCCAUUCACUGGAACUCAA